UCCUAUGCUACUGUCCCAGAGUCCAACCCCAUUGUCCUAUGCUACUGUCCCAGAGUCCACCCACAUUAUCCUAUGCUACUGUCCCAGAGUCCACCCCAUUGUCCAAUGCUACUGUCCCAGAGUCCACCCCCAUUGUCAUAUGCUACUGUCCCAGAGCCCACACACAUUGUCCUAUGCUACUGUUCCAGAGUCAACCCAAUUGUCCUAUGCUACACUCCCAGAGUCCACUCAAUUGUCCUGUGCUACUUUCCCAGAGUCCGCCCAAUUGUCCUAUGCUACUUUCCCAGAGUUCACCUUAUUGUCCUAUGCUAAUUUCCCAGAGUCCACCCAAUUGCCCUAUGCUACUGCCCUGGAGUCCAGCCCAUUGUCCUAUGCUACUGUCCAAGAGUCCAAUCCCAUUGUCCUAUGUUACUGUCACAGAGGCCAACCCCAUUGUCCUAUGCUACUGUUCCAGAGCCCACCCCCAUUGUCCUAUGUUACUGCCCCAGAGUCCACCCACAUUGUCCUAUGCUACUGUCCCAGACUCCACCCACAUUGUCCUAUGCUACCGUCCCAGAGUCCACCCCCAUUGUCCUAUGCUACUGUCCCAGAGUCCACCCCCAUUGUCCUUUGCUACUGUCCCAGAGAUUAUUAGAUGUCCUAUAAUCUACAUAAAGGUUUAUAAAUAUUUGGGGGGGGGGGCUGAGAGCUCAUUGUACUUUGGCAUAAUGGAGGUGCCCCAAACACGGAGGGGUGCCUUAAACAAGGAUGGAUGCCCCAAAUAAAGAUGGAUGCCCCAAUGGGGUGUUUGUAUUACAUGGAUGGCCUUUAAAAUAUAUCAUUCGAUUUAAGUCAGAGGAACAACUUGC